GAGGAUACGGAUCUCUGCUGACUCUGGCCUGGCGCAGCGCUCGAGUAGAGGGGGUGAGCCUACGCCGCCGGGGGUGCCCGUUACCCCUCACCAGGCGAUGCUGGCAUGAUCACAAGCUCCAGCCCGGCGAAUCCUUCUGCAUCAAGGGAUCAACAACCAAAGACGUCACCCGAUGGCCACGACCAGACCCCCUCACAUGACCGGCCGUGUUCCCCGAAGCCUGGAGUCGUGGAAGACGGGUCUUUGUUGUGCUCGGGAUGCGAGAUCCCAAUCCAGGAACGCUUCUACCUACAGGCGUUGGACAGACCCUGGCACACAGGCUGCCUGCGCUGUUGCCGAUGCGGGGCUGGACUAGACACACAAGCGUCCUGCUUUGCCAGGGAGGGACGAAUCUACUGCAAGGACGACUAUCUAAGGGCCUUCGUGCGCUGCUGCGCCUGUGGCAGCGCCCUUGCUCCCCGGGACCUGGUGAUGCGAGUACGCGGAGUAUCGUUUCACGUAGCAUGCUUCCGGUGUGCCAGCUGUCACUGCCCGCUGCUCAAGGGAGACGUGUUUGGAAUGCGCGACAACAGGGUCUUCUGCAGGCUGCACUUUUUGGGCCACAGUCCGUCAGACGAACCAAAAACCAGAGGAGUGGGGACGACUGCGGAGACGGUGGCAGGGACUGUCGGCCUUGGUGCUCCUGUUCUGGUCGGCGUGUUCGUGCAUCAUGCAGAUGUCACGGGAAAAACGAAGCGGAGCAGCUACAAGCGCAUGCGGACCUCGUUCAAGCACAGCCAACUCCGCGCCAUGAAGGCCUACUUCACGGUGAACCACAACCCGGACUCCAAGGACCUCAAGCAGCUCUCUGCGCGCACCGGCCUCAGCAAGAGGGUGCUCCAGGUGUGGUUCCAGAACGCAAGGGCCAAGUGGCGGCGGAAUCUGCUGCGCCAGGCCAGCCACGGUCCGGAGGUGGCGCAGGACUCGAGCCCCCUGCAGGAUCUGGGGGCCACCAUCACCCUCGAAGAGCAGACAAUCCACUCGUACGCCAACCUGCUCUGAGCCAAGCAUACAGGCCACUUCGUUUCGCCUGUUUAGACGAUCGCUAAACAGUUGCAGCAUCGUCGUGUUAUUGGAGGUGAACGCAGCUUGCUCGAUUCUACAAAUAAAUUUUAAAAAAUG